UUAAAGUCAUGUAAACUGUGUGUGCACCAGAUGACUCUUUUGGUUUAAACGUGAUACAUACAGGGAAGGCUACUCCAUGAGAAUUUGAAAGGUGUGAUUUAUGUUCAUAAAUCAUGCACUGAAUUGUGGUUUUCUGAGGACAUAGAGAUUUCUGUUCCAGCCUUCUAGGGUUCCUCAUAGCAGAUUGAAAUGGGGAUGGCAAUUACACACCUCUCCCUGGAGGGCAUCAGUAGCUGCAGCCUUUGUAUGUUGUUUUCUUCUUAUUUGGUGUUUAGGAGAGGCUGCCCAGCACUGCUGCUUUUCCUUUGUCCUUGCUGCUGAUGUGACUUCAGCUGAGCUGCAGCCUCGGAUUAUGCAGCACAAGCCUCCCUCUGCAGAGAAGCGCCAAAUAAGGCCGAGAGAGCUUUACUGGAGGCUCUCUUUGGAGAAAUGCUGGUUUGAAUGUCAAUUAAUCUAACGACUGAAAACGUGCAUGUUCUUAAAAAAAAAAAUAAAAAAAGCAAUAGGAGAAAGGUUUUAUAUUGCAGUGGCUAUCCUUCCGCGUUUUUAUGACGAUAAAUUGAUUGCCAUUUAAUGUAGGCACUCGAUGCCUUCAGUGCCAGGAGCAAGCGAGGCUCAGCCCGCGUCCUAAGGCUCCUCCUCGCCCGCUGAGGGGAAAGCCGCCCGCCCGGGCCGUGUUUUCCCGAUACCUUUCCGGCGGUGAUACCCCACCCCUGGCGGCACGCACCGCCCCUGGGGCCGCCGCCAGCUCCCCGCAGUGCGGGGCUCACUGCUCCCGAUGAUGCACUUCAUCAUUUUGUCAUAGGACUUCAUUGACAUAAAGGAAAACUAAAGACUGCAUCCAUGGAGCACAUUCAGGGAGCUUGGAAGACUAUCAGUAAUGGUUUUGGACUCAAGGAUUCUGUCUUUGAUGGCCCAAACUGCAUUUCACCAACCAUUGUCCAGCAGUUUGGUUAUCAGCGCCGAGCAUCUGAUGAUGGCAAAAUAUCAGAUACUUCUAAAACCAGUAAUACCAUUCGAGUUUUCUUGCCCAACAAGCAACGUACAGUGGUAAAUGUGCGAAAUGGGAUGACCUUACAUGAUUGUCUCAUGAAGGCACUUAAAGUAAGAGGUCUGCAGCCAGAAUGCUGUGCAGUUUUUCGUCUUGUUACUGAACCAAAAGGUAAAAAAGUGCGUUUGGAUUGGAACACUGAUGCUGCCUCCUUGAUUGGUGAAGAACUGCAGGUGGACUUUCUUGAUCAUGUUCCACUCACUACACACAAUUUUGCUCGGAAGACAUUUCUAAAGCUUGCUUUCUGUGACAUCUGCCAGAAGUUCCUCCUAAAUGGGUUUCGGUGUCAGACGUGCGGUUAUAAAUUCCACGAGCACUGCAGCACUAAAGUUCCAACCAUGUGUGUCGACUGGAGCAAUAUCAGGCAACUCUUAUUGUUCCCAAAUUCAAAUAUCAGUGACAGUGGUGUCCCUGCACUACCUCCCUUGACAAUGAGACGGAUGCGGGAGUCUGUCUCCCGGAUACCUGUUAGCUCCCAGCACAGGUAUUCUACACCUCAUGUCUUUACAUUCAACACAUCAAAUCCUUCCUCUGAGGGCACCCUUUCCCAAAGACAGCGAUCUACAUCCACACCAAAUGUCCACAUGGUUAGCACUACAAUGCCCGUAGACAGCCGGAUAAUUGAGAAUAACAGCCUGAAUGCUUCUCCCAGUUCCUGGUGCAGACGAUUUUGUUUGAGGGGAAGAGAUGCAAUUCGAAACCACAGUGAAUCAGCUUCACCCUCUGCUCUGUCUGGAAGUCCCAACAAUAUGAGCCCGACUGGCUGGUCUCAGCCCAAAACCCCAGUCCCAGCCCAGAGAGAGAGAGCCCCUGGGACAAAUACACAAGAAAAAAACAAAAUUAGGCCUCGUGGACAAAGAGAUUCUAGUUAUUACUGGGAAAUAGAAGCAAGUGAAGUCAUGCUUUCUACCAGAAUAGGGUCAGGUUCUUUUGGAACUGUUUACAAGGGCAAAUGGCAUGGGGAUGUAGCAGUGAAAAUAUUAAAAGUUGUAGAUCCAACCCCAGAGCAGUUCCAGGCUUUCAGAAACGAAGUGGCUGUAUUAAGGAAGACUCGGCAUGUGAAUAUUUUGCUCUUCAUGGGCUACAUGACUAAAGAUAACCUGGCCAUUGUCACACAGUGGUGUGAAGGCAGCAGUCUGUAUAAACACCUGCACGUUCAAGAGACCAAGUUCCAGAUGUUCCAGCUCAUUGACAUUGCUCGGCAGACAGCACAGGGAAUGGACUAUUUACACGCAAAGAACAUCAUCCAUAGGGACAUGAAAUCCAAUAAUAUAUUUCUUCAUGAAGGCCUCACAGUGAAAAUAGGAGACUUUGGUCUAGCAACUGUAAAAUCCAGGUGGAGUGGAUCACAACAGGUGGAGCAACCCACUGGUUCCAUUUUGUGGAUGGCACCAGAAGUGAUACGGAUGCAGGACAGUAAUCCAUUCAGUUUUCAGUCAGAUGUCUACUCCUAUGGAAUAGUAUUGUAUGAGCUAAUGACAGGAGAGCUGCCAUACUCCCACAUAAACAACCGCGACCAGAUUAUUUUCAUGGUUGGCCGAGGAUAUGCUUCUCCAGACCUCAGCAAGUUGUACAAGAACUGCCCCAAAGCAAUGAAGAGGCUCGUAGCAGAUUGUUUGAAGAAAGUUAGGGAAGAAAGACCUUUGUUUCCGCAAAUACUGUCUUCCAUUGAAUUGCUGCAACAUUCUUUACCCAAGAUCAACCGGAGUGCUUCCGAACCAUCUCUGCACCGCGCAUCCCAUACAGAGGACAUAAAUUCUUGCACGUUAACAUCCACAAGACUGCCUGUUUUUUAGGAUUGUGCUCCCCUUCCCUUAAUCUCUCCAGUGAUGGGAAAGGAACAGAAGUAACAGAAGUUGUGCUUUUAAUGCCUCGGUGUACAGGAUCAGUGACCAGCCGGAUCAUCCGCAUCCCCGUUUAAGAACAAGCUGCUAAGGAUGUUUGCAGUUCUUACCCUGCAGGGACAAAGCUCCACCAUUGCCUUUUUCUACAGUUUCUUCUACUGGGAUAGUUAACAGACUACAAAUCAAGAGAUCUAUUACUAUUUUUUUAAUAGAUGCACUUGAGCCUUAUUUUUCCCACACACAGAAGAGAUGGAUGUUUCUUUGGCAGUGUUUCUGGGUUGAUUUGAAUCUGCUGAUAAACUGGUAUUUUUUACAGCAGGGAUGACCUGCCUUGGCAUUUGAGGGAAGAAAGAUGAUGUGAUCUGGUGCUCUCUGAUUGCCCCGUGCCGCUUCACGUCAGGGGACUUUUGCUGGAAAUGGGUAUCUGCAAACAAGACUGAGGGAAGAAGAAAAAAACUUUCUGGAAAUCAGCUCCUGCCUAAGAGCUUUCAUCAAGCCAAUGAAAUAAGUUAAAAUGCUAAUUCAACACAAAAUAGUUUUGCAAUAGUUUUGCACGUAGAAAAAAAACUCUUGCAAAGGAAUGGAGUAUAUUCUAAACUGUACUGCUCAGAGAAGGAAGCUAGCCAGUCUUGCUGUGGUCAUCUUCGGUAACUUAAGCGGCUUAUUUUGGUACUACGGACUUGUUUCUUGCAGCCCAAUGAGGUGGAAAGUGCAGAAAGACAGGCUUUUGUGGCUGAUAAAGGCUAAUUAACAGUAUCAGUAUACUUCUGCAGAAUGAGCAUAGUUUUCAUCCCAUCUGAAGCUGUCGUCCAAGAGAUGCACUAUCAAGAGGAAACUGAGCAUAUACAGUUUUUCUUGCUGAUUUGGGUUUUAAUUUUGUUUUUAUUGCUCCUGAGAAAAUGCAUUUAUUGUAAGCCAAGGUUCCUCUGAUUAUCUUAUUUUAAUAAAAUAAAUUAAAUUUUA